GGACAUUGGCUUUUUGCUUUUGGUUUGGUUGUGUUUGUAAAGCCGAUUUGCAGACCAUCCUGAUUCUUUGAAAUUCUUACACUUUAUUCUGUUUUGCACCUUUGGAUGGUCCAGUCAUCGGUUGAAUUUAUGUUCGAAGAGUAUUUCUGUUGCAUUAUCAAUCAUAUUUUUAUUGAAAUUUCAAAUAAUUUCUUCAGUUUUUUUGGUAACGGUUGACUGAGAACUACCUGUUGGAGGGUUACAUCAGAAACGUUUCAGGAUGGAGUUGAUGAACAGUCAAGAAAGUGAGAUAAUAAAUGAGGGAGAGUUGAACUAUAUUAUGAGUGACUUAAACUCCAGUCAGCCGUAUUUGUUCCUACAAGGAAAUGAGUACGUUGAUCUAUACAGCUCAGCACAUCAACAACAGUUGCUUCGCCAACAACAGAUGGCCGGCGAACAACAUCAGAUGCAGCAACAACAUUUGACCGACGAUCAACAGUUUGUCCAACAACAUUUAACUAGCGAUCAACAAAUGCAGCAACAACAGAUAGACGGCGAACAACAUUUUGCCCAACAACAUUUGACCGACGAUCAACAACAUUUGAGCAACGAUCAACAGUUUGCCCAACAACAUUUGGCCGACGAUCAACAACAUUUGAGCAACGAUCAACAGUUUGCCCAACAACAUUUGGCCGACGAUCAACAACAUUUGAGCAACGAUCAACAAUUUGCCCAACAACAUCUGACCGGCGAUCAACCACAAUUAAACCAUUUGAUGUCGGAGCCGGCGCCAAGUGAUGACAGCAAGGUGGGAAUUAUUUCGGGGAGUGGGGGAGAAAUGGUGCGUGCCCCUCCUUACCACGACACCACCCCUUCAGAGCACACCUCUCCCACUGGUCUGAGGCCCUGUUUGACCAUCCAACCGGGCGUCUACGAUUUCCAAGUGAACGUGGCCAACACACUCAACGGACGUCAUGCUUGGGUUUACUCUUCGAAGCUGCAGAAGAUCUACAUAGAUAUAGACAAGGUGCUCCUGAUGCAGUUCAGACUGAACAGAGUGGACGUGAAGGGACUGAGUGUGCGCACUCUGCUAGUCUACUCUGACCCAGACCACGCCACACUGGCUGUCAACCGGUGCACGCUGCAUGUGUUCAAGUGUGAUCCGAACCGUCUGGCACACGCGGACCCCUUGCAAUGCCAGUGCUCUGCGUUCGAUCAAUGCGGCCACGUGGUGACCAGCGACCACCCCCAGGCCCGCUACGAGUUCGACACCACCAGUGGCCGCCACAGUGUGCUCGUGCCGAUGGACACCACUCCGGUCGCCUACCAGUUCGGCUGCAAGACGUCCUGUGCAGCGGGCAUGAGUCGGCGACCUGUGCAGUUGGUCUUCACGCUCGAGAGCCAGUUCGGAGAAGUAGUGGGUCGAGCCCGUGUGCCGGUCAAGAUCUGCAGUUGUCCGAAGCGAGACAAGGACAGAGAGGAGAGCGGGGAGGUGGGCGACGGAGAGAGAGGUGGCAACACCAAGGCGUCAGCCCUGCAUUCGCUGCACGCUAAGAAACGCAAGCUGACGCAUCAGUCUGGUGCCGGCAGUAAGCUGAUGGCUCUCAACGAAUCAACCAAGGACCUUUGCCAAUUGCCUGCAAUAGGAUUGCUAUUGGAAGAAGUGCAGAAGCUGCAUGCGAAAUUCGACCAACUCAGCAGUAAAGUCGACCACGCGACCGCCUUACUUCGAGAAAUUGCUUCCGGCAUGCGUCAAAACAAGCAGAUUGAUGGUUGCAAAUUUGAGACUAAGUACUAGUCGAUAGUUAUUCUAAUUUCCAUACGGUUCUUAUUCAAAAAAAAAAAAAGAAUACCAGGUAGAUCGAUGGCUACAAAUAUAAACCUGAGUCGAUAGUUAUUCCAUUUUUUCAACGGUUUUUAUUCCCAUAAGUGUUAUAUUGUAACUAUAGUUGUCCUGGCCGGUGUAUGUUGGAAGUACUCACUUACUAAUGUUGGAAGUAAACUUGUAAAAUUUGUAUUGCAAUCCUGUGUUAUGUAUUGUAUUGUGCACUGUUAUUGAAUUCAUUGAAUGAAUUUAUUCAUUUGCCAAAAACAAAAUACAAAAAAGUCUUACAAAAAACGAAUAUAAGCUACUGCACUUACUUACUUACUUACUCAUUUACUGCCAUGACCAUACAUAUCUAAGUAGAUAUUUAGCCGCUCUAACAAAGCCCCUCCACCUCUCUCGAUUCUCCGCGUCCUCCUCGGUUGCUCCAAUUCUCUCCAUAUCGGCCUUCACUUGACUCCACCAUUUCCGUCGUGGUCUUCCUCUCGAUCGUCGUCCUUCUGGAUUUCUUUUCAACACUUGAUUGAGAUUGCUGUCCUCUUUUCAUCUCGAAACAUGCCCAACCCAUCUGAUCCUUCUACACUUGAACUCGCAUACUCAUCUGGCUCCCUAUAAAGGUCUCGAAUUCUCUGUUGUGUUUCUUCCUCCACUCUCCUCCCUCAUUUAAAGGUCCAUAGAUUUUUCUAAGGACAAUCAAGUUCCCUUCCUCACUUCUAUCUAACUUCCAUGUCUCAGCACCGUAGAGCACUAUUGGACUGACAAUAGUUUUGUAGAUUUACUGCAUAGUUUCUGCAUUUACUGCAUUUCAUUCAUCUUUUUUUUCAAAACCUAUAAAUUCAUGUUUAGGCAUAUCAAAUAGUAAUCUAUCUCCAAAAUAUUUCAAUUUUAUGUGAGGCUCCUCUCCUACGUAUUACUUCCGGUCAUGGGACAUGGGUACUUCCGGUACUGCUAAUUUUUAAUGAUUGCAUGUAUAUUUAAUGUUUUAAUUAGUAUAAUGUUAUAGGUUGCGUUUGUUAUUAGGUUUAAUUUGUAUAUUUACAAUUGUGUAUGCUUUCGUACACAAACAUAUUUGUUGUAUGUCUAGGUACAUUUUGUGUCUUUUUUCUACAUUGAUAGAGUGGUUCCUAUCAAGCAUUUCAACUAAAUUAUAAAAUUGACUGACUAUAUAACUAUGAUUAUAUAAUUUAAACACAUGAAUGUAACGAAAACCCGAAUUAUUAGAAUUAUUAUUGACCAAAUCUAAUCGGAAAUGUGCCAUGCUUGUAUUGAACAAAAUUUAGUGAGAAAAUUUAUUCUGGCAACUUAGGCUAGGCGAACACUAGUUAGUCAAGACAAGACAAUACAUGAUCAGACACGUUUAGUCACAAUACUUCACAUAGUUGCUUAUGAAGACAUGUAUAAUUGCAAUGACUAAUCAGUUUGAGUUUCGUCAUAAGCAACAAUGUGAAAUAUUGUGACUAAACGUGUCUGAUCAUGUCUUGUCUUGACUAACUGGUGUGUGCCUAGCCUUAGUGACCUCUAGCGACAGUUAUUUUCAUAUGGAAUCCGUGAAUAUUUACUUCUAUAUUCAAUAGAAUAUU